CAUCUAAGAGCAAGGAAUUUCUCACUUUCCAGUCCUAGUGAGUUUGCAUACAGAACUGACCAAUCACAGCCUUCGUUUGAUUUGCAACAAUCUUCAGUGAACAUGGGACCAUCAUGGCUGAUACGGCGACAGUAGUGGAGGGUAAAAUCAAAUAUCGCGAAGGAAAGAAGUGGAAGUCACGAUGGUGUGUUCUGAAGAAGCCGUCGCCCGUGGCUGACUGUCUGCAGCUGCUGUUGUACAAGGAUGUGCACGAGUCUCUGCGGGCCGGGGGGCGGGUCAAGACCUCUCUCAUGCUGGAGGGUUACUACGGCCUGGAGUCUGGCUUCUCCUUCGACAAGGAGGUCAACGUCCUUGCCAUCAUCUGCCAGAAGCACAUCGCAGUCAUGGCCUUCGACAACAGAGAAAACCUCAUUUUGUUUGAGGUUAAGAUCAGGCGCAGUCUGGGUCAAGAAUUCCAGUUUCCAGUGCAGCUUGUAAAAGUUCCCUCUGGCAGCCGGCUAUCUGUGGAAGGUGUUCGUCUUCUUAUACAUGGCCUUCAGUUCUGUCUGACAGCACAUGUCCCACCCCGCAUUCUCCAUUCUUGGAAUGUGACAGACCUGCGUCGUUUUGGUACAGUGGAUGGGAAGUUUUGCUUUGAGGGUGGAUCACGGUGCGGCAAAGGGACAGGGGCACAUGCUCUUCAGACAGACCAAGCAGAGGAGAUCACAGAAAUCCUACGUUUGAACAGUCUGGGCAGUUCCUCGGCCUCUUUCAAGCCAUCAAAUAAUCGAAGCUCACAGCUGUUGGACUACAGCCUUGCCUCACCAGAAGCCUUGUGGCCCCCGCCUGGUGCUCAUAGUCCAGGACCAGAUCGCACAGGCAUGCUUGCCUGUUGCCAUGGUGUUGCCUCUGCAGAAGAUGAGUUUGGAUGCCGCAAGAGGCAUUCUGUCAGCGUAACAGACUUCCAUCGAUCGGGUGCUGCUUCAUUUCAAGACAAGCUUCGCUUGAUGAGCAUCGAGAAUUUAGAGCGUCAGCGGUUGAUGGCCAUUUAUGAUGUGCCACCAAAAUAUCCACGCAAAUUGGUUGAAUCCAGUCAUUCCUCAAAACCUGAUUCUGAGAGUGCACUGGAGUCUAGCAAUGAUGCAGCAUCAAGUGACCCUGCAUGGAAAUCAUCUGUUCAGCAGCAUAGUGCAGUGGUUGGGUCGGAUCAGUGCCAUGUCAACAAGCAUACAGGUCACCUCCAAGGGAACACUGUGCCCAUCAGAACAGCCCGAGUGAUUACCUCUCCGAAUGGUCGAGAGUACUGCAUUCCUCGAAGUCUCAACACCACAGUGUUUGACUCCAUCGUCAAUGCACAAGUGGAUAGUACCAAGAGAACCGAAGCUCUUCAGAAGUUACAAAAGCAGGAGUCACAUCUUCAUCAGGAGAUAAUUCUCUUGGACCAGAUGUUGCAGGGCUGCCACCCAGAAGGUGAUGCAGAAACAUUAUCGAUUAACACAUGUGGUUCCCUUACAUUGAAGAAAGACUUGGCAGAGAGUGAAAUUCAUUCCAUGGAACAUUCUUCAUGCAGUAGCACCCCAGCUCAAAUUACUCAAAAGGCAGCAAGCCUCCCACCCAAAAUUGGUGCAAGCAUAAGGAAAGAAACAUAUUAUUCUACAGGCCAGGCAGGUCAUUUGAACAGCCUGUCAGACAAUUGCAUGCUCCCACUCAAAGAGCAAGAUCGUAAUGGAGAUCUCUGUGGGUCACCACUGAGUCCCCAUUUACGUUCUAAGCUGGAGAAGAUUCCAUUGAACUCUCACCUUAAUACACCUCUGCCUUAUGUCAACCUUGCCAAGUAUGAUCAAGAAAUGGAUAGUGGUCAUGUUUAUCUCCCAGGAAAUGGCAGUUCUGAUGGUAGUCAUGUUGCUUUAGGACAUAGGCUACAUAGGAACUUGGUUGGAGGCAGUCUGGCGAAUCUGGGUGCCAGCAGGGGCAGAGUGGGCAUCACUCCAAGCAGAUGUUUUAGUGAAACUCACAUUGGCCCAGGUCCAUUGGAUCAGAAAAGAGUUUCUUCUGUCCAUCCUUCCUCCAAAAAUAAUGCUGCAGCUGCUGCUGAAGAAUUUAAACUUUCUGGGAAUAUACUGCAAGAAAUGGAUGACAUACCUCCACCAACGACUUAUGCCCCACCUGUUCCAUAUCCCCGCCCUCACACUGCAACUGUAACAGCAGCCUUUAGUUUGGAUUUAGAUUCCCCGCCUUCCACACAAGCUCCUCCUGUACCUUCUUCACCCUCCCUAAUUGUCUCUUUUCCUCAGCGUGAGCCGAUAUACGCCAAUGAGCCAGUGUCAUCACCACCUGUCCCACCUCCUAGGAAAAGGUCUAGUACUCCACCCCUUGAACUUCCCCCAGAGCUUCCACCAAAAGGUCCAGUACUACUUCGCAAGACAAAGCAACGCAGUCAAGGAUUUGCAAAUAUAAAUAAUGAUUUUACUCCUCCGGUCCCAGCCAGAAGUCGUAGUCGAUCAGUGGGUUCUCAGGGCAAGUUCUAUGGCCAUGAUAAUUCUCCAGUGCCCAAUUCUCCAACUUCAAGUGUGUCUGAUGCUGGUUCAGUUCAAAUGGAAGAAAAUUAUCUUUCCAUGGGAAGUCCCAAAAGCCAGCCACGAUCAAAAGCAAAGGAAUGCUUACAGUCCAAUGGGAAGGAGACAGAAACAGUACUGAUACCUGCCACUGUUUUCAUAACCAAUAGUCCAAAGACAAGAUGCAGGGGUGUUUCUGCUGCUGUGUCCAGAGGAAAUGCAGAUGUACUCAGUGGAUAUAUGGAUAUGGCUAACAUGUUUGUAGAAGAAACAAAGACAGACAGUAUCUCCAACAGGCCUAAAUUAGAACCACCUCAACCUAAAGAGUUGCAUAAUUCUGAAGAGGUUGAUUCUUCCCAGGUCAAUGCCUUUGGAGAAAGCAACUAUAUGGAAAUGUCCACCUUCUCUCCACACCCUCCACACCCUCCCCAGCGUAAAAGUGUUGUUCUGAAAAACCUUGAAGUCCUGCAGACUUAUGUCAGCACAACUCCUGCUGGGGAAUUCACUAGAACCUCCUAUAACCAGGUCUUCAGCACCAGUAACUUGAGUACAGAACAUGACAACAUCCCAAUCUAUGGGGCCCGUCCUGCCAUCCCUUUCACUAACCUAAAGAGUUUUGAACAAAAACAAAACAAGUCUUAUGUGAACACAUUCAUUCCCAGCAGAGAAUACAAUGUUCCUCUGCCAGAGCCUCCCAAAAAAGAAGAGGGUUUCUUUGCUCGCCUGAUGCGUCGAAAUUCCAAAGACAAAGGCACAACACAUAGUCAGGAAAAUCUUAAUGCCACCAAAAACCGCACAAGUGUUUUUGAGCGAAGCCUUUCUGAACAGGGAGAUCAGGAAGAGAAAACCAACUAUAAGCUUAAGCUUGGCCGCAGGCGAUCAGCCAGUUUUCCCAACAGGCUUAGCUUUCAAGAAACAUCUCCUACUGCAACGGCUCCCAGUAAACGAGAUGCACCGCCUCCUUUACCACCAUCUCUACCAAAGCCCACCACACCUGUAGGUGCAUCACAGUCUUUGUGCAUACAUGCAGAAGAAUCUUCUAAUCAAUCUAAUGCUUCCACCAGUAGAGGAGCUGCACAUCAAAGCAACCCAACUGACACUUCCUCUGUUCAUGAUUUAUCAGAUGACUCAGACUUGGCACCACUUUUAAAGGCAAAUGUCAGUAAAAGUGAACUGCAAGUGUUAACUGUCCUGCAUAUGCAGCAGGACAUUGCAGUCCCUCUUGCACGAACUUGCAGUGAUCUGACUGCAUACAAAAUCACUCAUUCCUCUUUAUCCAGUUCAGAAUCAUCCAAGACUGAUGAUGAGAAACUGCAGGACCUCAAGCGACAGUCAUUGGUAACAGACAUUGCUGAAAUCAAAGCCAAGAUGACACUACCUUUGGGGAAACCAAUGCUUUCGGCUAAAGAGGAGGCCAAAGCUAUAGCACUCCAUGUUGCCUCCAUUCCACCUUUCAUACCUCCUAAAAUGAAAAAGACUCAGCUGUCCCCUGUGACGGAGGUGGGUAGCCCAGUAGGCCAUACACAGUCCCCUCCCCUUCUUUCUAGCAGUUCACACCCUCAUCCAUUGCUGCCCUCAGCGCCUAACCAGGAUGAAGCUAUUUAUGUAGACAUGAAGGAACUACUGCCCCAGCGUGGCCCUGCCUUGCCUGCUGCUGCAUCCCUCCACCCCUACAACUGUCCCAGGGAGCAAAAGCAGAGGGCACGGGCCACCCUUCGCAUCACCCCUGCAGUCCAAGAUGAAGACGGCAACAUCUGGGUGCCCCGACACGACCCCGAUCCUGGAGAAAUCCGACCACUGCCACUUAUACUGGCAGAUCCACCACCUCCUUUACCAGGCAUCUCACCAAAGUUACCCUUUUCUCUUUCUUCACCAUCUUCACCACGACUGGGAGAUGUGGCAAGCAAUCUGCUUGAACUGCGGUAUUCAACUCCCUUGGUUGUUUCUAUGGACCCCCUUGAGGAUGCUGAGGAGGGACUGGCAGACUGUCUGUCCAUCUCCUCUGAUGGCAGUUCUACCUGUUUUGAGGACACACCCAUCAGAUCAAGCCCAGCAGCCACAGUGUUGCGGCCACGUUCAGGGCGGGACUACCAGGUGAUAGAGCGGCGAUGCAAAGUUUCUGGCAGCGUUUCGUCUAGUCCUGUUGUUCAGUCGCCCACCGUUAGCAAUGUGUUCAUUUAUGAGGGCUCCUUCCCAGCGCCUACAUCACCAAGGUCCCCUAGUAUAUCAUCCAGGCUGAGUCAAGAGCGGGAAUUGUCUCCAACAUACAAAUCAGGUCUUGUUAAGCACUCUCUUGGCACAACCUCAUCAUUGACUAGAAAUCAAAAUACUGUUUUGUCAUGGUGUAAUGAGUCCUCACAGUUCCAUGAUGGAAGCAGUGUCCACAAAGUGUCACGAACUUGUCAUCUGGCUCAGUCAGAACCAUGCUCAAGUCAGGUGGAAUCUCCAGCAUAACUGUCCCAUGUGUCAAAUCCUCUUCCCCCAUUUCUGUGCAAGCACCAAGUCCUUCAUCCCCUGAAGUGCAGGAGCCGAUGCUGAACUAUGCAGAGAUUGACCUGAGUGGUGCUUCCUCCCCUCCUCCUCUAGAAAUCUCUCUCUCCAAGCGAGCCAAGAGGACACCCAAGCCUGCUGUGAUUUCUUACACUGAGAUAGACCAUAGAGCUACCACUGCACUGCAGGCAGCUGGCCGCGAGCAUGCUCUGUCACGGGAAGACACAUUACGGCGUACCUCCGGAUUUACCCGCAAAGCUUCAGUUCCUUCCACUCCAAAAGAUAGGAAAGGAUCAUCAAACUCUUUUAGAGACAGAAAACUCAGUACUUGUUCAUCGGACUCCGUAUAGGAAUGAUUAUCAUUCCUGCGUUAGUGCACGUCUUCACUCAAAAUUCCAGCAUCUGAAUUUUUAAAUCUAAAUUUUCACCAUCAGAUUUUGUGCUGUGGUGGCAGUUUCUUUUACUUAUUUUUGCCUGGUUUUUAAAGCUGUGUACCAAAACAGUUUUUAUUAUUAUUUUUGUUUUAAGUUGACUAAUUUGAAUUUUGCUCCAACAAUGCUUUUAUGUGAAUGGUUACCAUUUAUGUCUAAAUAUUAAGAAUCAACAACAUAUGUACUUUCACAGGGAAAAGUUUAUAAUUGAAAACAAAAUUCUCCGUGGUACACAGUUUAAAAUUGAAAGUACUGUUAAGUCAGAGAACAAGUUAAAGGAUCUUUUAUCCUCUUAGAUAUGUCUGUUACAUCAUUUUUUUUGUUCCUGUUUUCACCAUCAGCAAGUCAUUUACAACUCCAUUUGAAAAGCUAGUUGCUAGUUGAAGAGAAUUGCUGUUUAAGAAUGCAUCUUAUUUUGUCUCCAUGAGUUUGGCAUAUAUAAUCUCAGUGAGUCGUGAGCCAGCAAGUAUUGUCAGUCCUUCUUUCGUUGUUUUCCCAUCCCAGCAUGUUGCGGUGUAUGUCAGUGUCUUUAGUUGUUUUGUUAUUCUAAGUUAUUUAUUGCAGUUCGAUGUUAUGUGGGUUGCACGUAAUGGUAUGAAGGGUGUUGAAAAGUUUGUUAAAUAUGCUGAUCUCAUUUUCCUGUCUCAUAGUUUGUUUGUUUUUUUUUCACUGGGUACUUGAGUAAUGGCCACCUUUAAAGUGAUAAGUGUAAAGAUUCAGAUGAUUUUUAAGAAAGAAAAAGGGUUUUUGGGGUUUUUUUUUUUUUUGCACUCAUUGCUGAUAGCUGCUGCAAUAGGAAUCCAGUUAUUGCUGUUAUUGCAGUCAAUUGCAGUCAAAAACCACUUUGGCUAGCAGGCUAACAUGUGCCAUCAAGCAGCUGCCCCAUUUCAUUUAUUAACACUGUUCCCAGCAGCUGGUCAGCCUUAGUAAGUUUACUUAAAACAUACAUAAGCAAUCCCUGAAGCUGUAGUCAUUUAUCUGAUCUGCAGUUUAAAACGUUUUAUAAACAGGAGUGUGUGUAUGUGUUUGAGAGAAAGAAAGAAGCAGAUAACUGUGGUGUUUGUCCUAGUGAUGCUCCAAAGUUCUAAGACAGUCAGUAUGGCAUGAUCUAGUAACCUGAACAUUUAAAGGGUUGAAAUAAGGUAACUUUCAGGUGCAAGUUUCAAAACUACCAGUGUAAAAUUGUUUGUUGGUUUGAUUGAGAAGUUUGAGGCCCCUUUGUUGUUUGUUAAGAAAGAGAAAGUGAGUGAUUGUCAAGAUGGUUUUUAGAAGCUUGUGUAAAGUUGUUAAAAUGGGUUUGAAUGUUGACCCAGAUUCUCAGGGGAUUUUGAUGCAGUCAUUGGUCUUCCCAUUUUUUACCAUCAGUGAAGGUUAAAUAUCAUGAUCAUGACAAAAUAGCAUGAUGACCAGAUGUGCAGACUGUACAUUGGGUUUUUAAAAGUUAUGUGCUAUAAACUUUCUUUGAACUGGUACAAGUUUGAUGAAUACUGACCGGUGUUGAGUGAAGUAAUUGACUACCACUGCUACUCAAAUGAAUCAGAAGAAUACAUUAUGUUGUUUAUUUCUGAGCACAUGAUGACUUUACUACCAAUUUGUACUAUUAACGACAUACAAAUUGCCUGUCAGUAUUAAAUUUUUGUUAUGAUUAUUGGUUAUAGCUGUUCACAUCUUUACAAACCAGUAACACAGGGUGUCAUAUACGCCAGUUUUUAAAUAUGUUUUGUAAUUGGCAAGGUUACAAAGAAGGGGAAAAUGUGGGAUGAUGCCAUCUGCUAGAAAACUUCCUUCUCCACAAGACAGUUGGCCUCUGUCUUUCAUGCUGUAGACACUGUGAACUGCUGACAGUUCACAACACCAAAGCUAGGAAAAUCUUUACUUUUUAUAUCAACAGAAACAGGAAAGAGGAGGCCAGAGCAGUUUCACAACUGUUGUAAUGACAAACCUGAUUUGUUGCCAGGAUUUGUUUCAGUAAAUAAGUUGUACCCCUAUCCUUCCAUGAGGUUUUUAAUGUCUGGUUCAUGUUUGAAAAGAUUUUGAUGUGUUGUUCAUAGGCAUUUAUUGAGACUAUUUAUUAUACUUUAAUUAUGAGAAUAUUUAAGAACUUUGCAUAUAACCCACACAAUUAUGAAAAAAUGGAAGUCAGUAAGCUUUGGUGAACAUGCUGAAAUCAGGUAUGUUGCAGAAUUAUUAGCUGAAAGUUAUAGCACUUGACAAAUAGGAUCACAAUUUUAUUUAUUUACAUGAAGAGUUUGUAGUGUUUUGGGUCUUCCACGUGCAUAGAAGUGUGAAAUAUUUCAGCGAUAUUUGCUUGUUUGAAGCUUCCUUUAAUUUUAGCCCUGAACUUACUGUGUAUUUAUGUAAAUUUCACCUUUUUAUCUACCUUAUGAAAAAUUUGUGUGUCUUGAAUCAGCACUUUCAAUUUUGAAUUUUCUGAAAAGUUUUGCUGUAUAAAGAUAUGCUAAUUUCUUAAUCUUAGCAUAUUUUCAUGGUUUUGUGACAGGUUUUAGCACUUGUUAAAAUUUUAUCAGCAUUUGUUAAGCUACUAGCAGCUUGUUAACCUCACCUUUACAUGACCUAACAUGGGACUCCUGAACUGUUACAAAGUGCUUGAUACCUUAAUCUCUACAGUAUGCCGCAUUUUUUUGAGUCAGUGGGGAAUAUGCUGCAACAGUGGUUGAAAUGGAUUAUAUUUUCAUUAUGGAGGUCUGUUUAAUUUUAUUGGAGCCUAAAAUAAAAAAGUAGCUUGCAAAUAUUUAGCCAUGAAAGUUUAAAACAAUAUGAUUGCCUAAAAUAAUUGGGGUAUUCUUCAGUCAGCACAUACACAGUGCACAGAUCAGUGCUUAAAAUGAAAGUGGGGUUCACUUUGUUAGCCACUCAGCUGCAUUUACCCACACAUGCAAACUUGAAUAUAAAUAGGUGGGAAAGAUCACUGUUGUGUUAUAAACUGUUGCAAUGGUAAAUUAAAUAAGAAAAGGCAGAAUAAAAGUUAGUAUUAUCUGCUUUCUCACUGAUAAAUGCCUAAAAUCUCAAACGAAAAAAAGUGUAGUUGCAAGUGAUAUGAAGAGAGAACUUUGUUCUUACAGCAAACUCAGCAGUAUGGGGUCGACAUUUUUUAUCAGGAUUUCAGAUAUAUGACCCAUGCUCAGUCAGCUAGAUCCUAAUAUUACAACAAGAAAAUCAAGUAUAAGCAGUGUAAGCUCAAAUAUCUUUGUCAGACUUGGAGAAAAGUAUCUUCCUGUUGCAGCAUCAGACAUCGAUUUUGAAAUGUUCGGCAAAAAAGAGCAUUAUAAGUGUGAAAAUUAGCACUGUUGCAAAAUAUGCCUUAAUAAAUAUCCACACAACUGUUAUACAAUAAAUAUUUCUUUGAUUACAGAAACAAACAUUUUCAGAGACAGAGAAAUGUGCAGAGUGUUUUGCUUAUUGCCUUUAAAUUUUGAUGUGUGAUGCUUGCCAAAUUAUCAAGUAUUGAGCAACAGAUAACAAUGUUUAUGACCAACCCUCGGGCAAGCAGGCACACUGAGAAAAAGGGGAAAGUUUUCUUAGCAUCUAGUAUGUCAGUAUGUUAUGUAAGUAUAUUUAAGUACAUAAACUAUAUUGCAAAAACAAAGAAGUCAGCUAAUAAUUGUUGCUUUAAAUAAGUUUUUUAAAAGUCCUGCAAUUAUUAAAUUAGGCUUUUGGUUGUGCUUAUUGAGAUUAAUAAGUUACUGUACAUCUACAAUUCAAAUGAGUAAAAACAGCUUUAUUCUCUCAAAAUGCUUCUCCCCUCCUGUCUAGUUCCCCUCUGGAAGAAAAGUGUUGACUAUAGUAACAGCCAACAAAUGUUCUUUCUGCCAGUGCACAAAAAGGUGGAAGAGUCAGACACAGGCAAACCAUUCUGGUCCAGUGACGCAACAGUUCGCGCCUGUCACCUAUAUAGUGAGGGUUGGCUGUCCUGUGUUCAGCUCUCGUCUCGGGCACACUGUUCUUUCUCUGCAUGUGACAUCUGUUUACAGGAUUGGUUGCCUUGCUGUGGUACAGCCUUAGUUGUUGGAUUGGCAUUAAACACCAAUUUCCUCCCCUUCCCUUGAUAAAAAAAUUACUUCAGCAACUGUAAAAGCAGCUUUGUCAGACUCAGAACUUAUUUUUGAUUCAAAUUACUUUUUAUCUGUAUCAGUGAAUCUUGUAGAAAAUGCUCACAGUGCACCUAAGAAAACUGCUUAAUACAGAUUGGAUGUUGCAACAGGACACCAGUCGAAAUGAAAGACCCUUAUUGCGAAUUGGUGUGCUGGACUUUCUGUACUUUCACACUUGUUUUCUCUCUCACACACACACAACCUGCAUGUGCGAAUCCAAAAGGAAUUUUGUAAUCUUGCUAUUUUUAUUUAUGAUGGGGCGCUGUACAUUUUUAAUGUCCCAUUCUUGUGAAUCUGUGGAAAUCUUAUUUUGGCUGUUAUUUUCUUUUUGUUUUUUUAAUGGUGCUACUGCAGUGUCAGGGUGCAUAUUCUGUAAAUAAGACAAGUCCUUAUGAAUAUAAUUAGGUGACUUUUAUUGAUGCGUUGAGACAACACAUCUUGCAGACAUAUGGUCACAUUUUAGCUUUCUCUUUUUUUUUUUUUUUAUUUGAAGCAGUUGUCUUCACCGGAGGCAGUUAACUGGCAAAAUUGAAGUCAUUGUCAUAGUGAAAGAGUAUGUGUUUAUUUUCUACUUUUUCCUCUGAUCAUUUAAUAAAUUGGAUUUUAUAGGGGAUUUUUUUUUAUGAAUUUGCCAAGGUGUUUUUGAUGGGCGCCAAUAUUUCACAAAAAACAAGUAAUUACCCACUAAUUUUUCAUUGGAAAGGGGAUGCCAAGAUUCCACAAAGAAGAACUCCAGAGCCUGCAGACUCUGCAUUAGUACAUUUUGCUUAAUUACCAUGUUUUACAAGUAGCAAGAGGCUAUCUUUAUAGAGUUAAAAGAAUACCUGAAUACUAGAAGGGAGUUGAGAACCAUUUUUCUGUUUAAAAAUUUAUCAUUAUCAGUUUUGAAAUGAUCCUGAUCAGUUGCUUUGGUUAUGAUGACUUACAUGCUUUGAGUUGGUUUGCCGCACUUUUAUUACUUAGCAGCUAUUUUGGUUGUGGAUCUUUUCUGUUCUUGGGUUGGUUUUUUUUUUGGGGGGGGGGGGGUUGGGUUUUUUUUUUGUUUAGAGGGAUGUUUCUCUAAAAUCUUCUUUGACAUGAUGUGAUAAAUAACAUCACAGACAUUUACAGCUUACUGUUGAAGUACAGAGCAUUCUUUUUAAAAAAAUUAUUAAGAUUACAAAUUGAAAACUAUUUUAGUUUUACGGUUGUGUUGAUGGAUAUGUAAACAGUAGUUUAUGGAGUUUUGUGGUUGUAUAAACAUUUAUUUCAUCUUUGUGGUUGUGUUCAUGAUAGUAUGAAUUGGUGCUCUUUAUUUUGUGGUUGUGUUCAUAGUUGCAUGAACAAGGAUUAUUUUGAUGUUCAUGGUUGUGUGAAUCAAGAUUUAGUUGUGUCUGAUUGUAUAAACAUCAACUAUUCAUUUGAGGUUUUAUUUGCAAAAAAUUUAAUCUUGGACCUCAGAGUGGAUCCCUAAACUUAAGAAGUGAACAUAGAGCUUUGUUUUUAGCAUACAACAAAAGAUACACUGCGCUUAUGUAGUUUGUGUUCUUGCAGAAAGGGGCUGAUUUGGAUGGCCAUUAAAAUGAAUUAUUGUAAAAAAGUAUAAAGCAAUGUGCAAAAAUAAGGAAAAAAAUGCUAAUUGCCUUUAGCAUUUAGUAUUUUGUUGCCUAUUGAUGUCUCAUAAUACUUCACCAUAAAGGAUGUUUGUUGUGCCUUUUGCAAUAAGCUUGUAUAUUUUUUAUGUUCUCUACUCAUAUUUUUGUGCUGACAGAAGAUAGCAUGCCAUUUUUAAACGAUACAAAUAUUUCACAAAAUUCCUAGUGACCAGCUCUUACUUUCCUCAGUAUGGGUAACCUGUAUGGCUGUGUUAUGUAAAUGUAUAGAUAUAAUCAACUUGAACUUUCUGCAUUUUUGGAAGCCAAGUGGUUUGGGUUUUUUUGUUUUUUGUGCUUGUAUAUGUAUAUCUGUUUUUGUUGACCAUACCGCUGAUGUCCUGCUGUAUGUAUGUAAACCCUUAGCACUCUUCAAUAACACAACAUAUAUAUAUAAACAGCAUUUUGUCUUUUUUAUUCGGUGUCAUUUAGAAGUGAAGAUACAUAAGGCGGUAACUUUUGCUCUGCAUGAAUUGAAGUCAAGGAUACCUAUGACAAGCUGAAUUUUUUCCCAGUUAAGUGAUGAUGCUGACACUAGUGUGAACUGUCAAAAUGAAUAUAACAUUCUCAGAAGCCUUAUAUAAAGAUGGAGUGUCAAGACCUAACAGAGAUGCAAAAGGUCUUAGUGGGUUUGCUCUUCUUUUUUGUUUUUGGUGGGGGGUGGAGUGUCACUGACAGCUAGAAAUGAUCAAUUUUCAGUGGUGGGAAAAUUAUGGGCUGCAUGAAGAGAGAGUAGAUUACGGAGAAGCACACCAAUUUCAUUCUUGUAAGGUGCUGUAUUUUAGACAUCUUUUAUAUUCUGAAGUAUUCUCUUUACAAAGAGAAAUCCAAGCUGUGAAAUCCUUUGACUAGAUUUGUUGCUACUUUUCUUCUUUGGACAACAAUGGCAUAUUGUCUUAAGGCUCUUAUGGAGGAAUUUUUGACCAAGUUUUUAAAUGGCACUUAUAGAACAGCUUUGCUAGACUUGGUCAAAUGUUCUGCCAUUUUUGUCCAGUUAAGGGCUUUUAGGGUGGAAGGAAAAAACAUACUUUUGCUUUUGUUUGGGUGCUUCCUGCUGUACCUGUGCUUUUUACUUCUCUCUACAUUAGCAAAACACUGAGCUACAUGAAAACAUGGAACAGGUUUCAGAGAACCACUCAAGAUCAUAGAACUCAGGAGAGUCAUGUGAUUUAUAUGUAAUCAAGGCAUAUGGUCAGUAUACAAUCAGAAGGUAAAUUCUUAUAAAUCUGCAACUAAUCAUUCUGUUCUUAUGGAUUUGAGGGAACAGAAGUUUAUAAAAUGUGUAUUAAUUUGAGCACUGUUAGGAAUGGCUUUACUUGGUUAUUUUAAAUUUUGGUUAUAUUUGCCAGUUUGGAAUCAUUGAAUUUAAAUGUGUGAAAUACAUUACAUGCUAAUUGACUGUUUAAUCAUGCCUAUUGUCCAAGCAAGGUUGUUUUGAGCAGAUGAUUCAUGUUGUGCAUUCAGUGUAUAGAGUUGCAAACAGUUAUAUAUUUAUAUAAUCUCUAUGUUAUUUAUAUCAAUGAAAACCUAGGGAAUCAAAGUUGGUCAUCAACGUAAAAAUUAUAAGUUCUGUGUAAUGGUUCUAUACAGGCUAUCGCAGCUGGCAAGUCUCUUUAGAUUAUGGUUGUAGCCUCUAUCACUACUUUGAGGAAGGAGGUGCUGUAGCAUCAGCUAUAUUGUCCUUAGCUGAAGCAUGCAUUUUCCCUUAUAAAUUUCAUAUCUGCUUUCAGAAAUGGUUUUUAAUGUAAUACUUGCUGUUUCUAUACAUUGAGCAUAAAUGAAGCUGCAUUUUUCACACCUUCAACUUAUGUAAGACUUGGUUUUAGCCCCACAUAAAUUUGAAAAUGGUAGAUAAAAAGUGCAAUACCAUUUUUUUCCAAAAGGUUCCUGUGCCUUGUCUCUUUCAAUCUUUCACACAUUUAGACAUUCAGGCAAUGUGCUAGUGCCUUUUCUGUCAUCACUGCAUAACUCAGUCACUUGAUGAGAAUUUAAAUACUCUGAAAGAUGCAAGAAUGAAUUGUUUUGAUGAAUAUGCAAGAAUCAUCAGAGCCAGUUUCUUACAUAAACUCUGGACAUGCAGAUGCAAUUUUUGAGUGUUUUGGUAUAGAACAAAGAUUUUUUUUUUAUUGUGUACAAAUGCCAUGCGACACACAAAUCUCAUUAUAUUUAGAUGAGAAACUUGCUGCCCUUUGAAUGAAACAGGACAAGUGCUGUGUGGACAAAUGAGCAACAAGCAACAUAGCUCACACACUUGCUAUCAUUUCGCUAAAAACUCAGGUGAACAACCAGAAAGAAAACCCACUAGUGAUAUUGCCAUAUUCCAAUAUCAGCUUAUUUACUAUUUAAAAACAAAACUUGAUCAUGUAUAUAUUUCAUUUGUAAGCUCCAUUUUAAGUUUAUUUUUGUAAUAUCUCCAUCAGUUGGCAUACACAGUACUGUGUAUGCCAGUUCUGCCAUUUCUCAAAGUGCUCCUCUUUCUAUUACUUUCUUCAUAUAAACAUCAGUUUACUCAAUGUUCCUUUCAGUGAUUAAGUGUAGCUUAUCAAGGCCACAAUAUUUACAUGCAUAAUACUUGACAAUAAAACUUUUUCCAAUCUUUAA